AUACCUAUCGUGAGAGAAGGAAAGGAAAGGCCACGGGUAUAUACAUCUUUCAGUUGGGGCCCAGUGCGUCGCGCGUAUUCACGGUGAGAGGAUCGGAGUCGAUUGGCAGAAGCAUUUUCGAGACCUCAGAUCGUUACUGCUGCUGUUACCGUUGCAGUUUGCACCGCGCGUCGUCCUUCCGCGAAAGCCUCGAUCGAUACACUUUCUCUCCGUCUGCCAAUCUGCCCUCGCGGACUCCCGAGAUCAAACGACGCGAUCUUGAACGGCGACCCGAGUAACCCAGGCUUUCGGCAUGGCUCUGGCAAUCAAGCUCCUGUUUCUCGUCCCAGCCUGCGUCCUGUUCGCUACGGCGAUGGCAGCCGAGCCCAGUGAGGGACAAGCCGGCAGAUCGCGCGUCUCCGACGAACAACUAAACAUGGCCCUGAGCGACAAGCGUUACUUGACCAGACAGCUCAAAUGCGCCCUGGGAGAGGCACCGUGCGACCCGGUCGGACGUCGCCUGAAAAGUUUAGCACCGCUGGUUCUGAGAGGCUCCUGUCCGCAAUGCAGCAACGAGGAGACACGUCAGAUCAAGAAGGUCCUUUCUCACAUUCAGCGAUCCUUCCCGAAGGAGUGGAACAGGAUAGUGCAACAAUACGCCGGAGUUUCGUAAGCGAGAUGUGAUAUAAGCGAGCCGACCACGACGGGGCUGGAUGUACAAAGUGUAGUAACAGAAUACGAGGACAUAUAAUGGAUGUCAUCUCCGAGCGUAUAACACCGAUCACAUUCGUUCAUUCGAUAUUAUUGUUAACGACGGUGCUAUGGAGGGGCGUGGCGCGGCCGCACGCACGCACACACACACACACACACACACACACACAUAUAUAUAAAGAGGUGAUAUUUAAAUUAUAUCGCACACGUCUCGUGCGCGAUAGAUCAUGUGUGAAAAUCUGCGCUUUUCGUGAGCGCGGAAUUAUCGACGUCACUUUGACCACGAUGGCGUUGAACGCGAGUGAAUUAUACUUGUAUGUUUGAUAUAUAUUCUAUUAAUAAAUAUUAUUCUGGUAUCGCA